GAGUCAGUGACGUGGCAGGCAAGGCUAAGCACAAUCCUUAGGGCUACGACACCCCGUGCAGUCAGGUGGCCCCAGGGCAGCCCCACUGGGAGAGCCCUGAAUGCGGCUGCAGUCACCAGCCCGGAGCCGGAAGUGCCACGUGUCCUGACUGCGCCUGCGCAGCCAGCGGCUGACAGGCGCUUCCGGUGGGGGCCUCUCCCCUCUCUCAGCUUGGCUGCUUCCUUCCAGCCCGGCGUUCCGGCCCUAAGUCCAACUCUCUACCCUCAGCUCCCAGGCCAACCAGUGGCCGCCGGUGGGCUGGGGACAAUGUGGCGCCAGGCCUAGGGCUUGAUGCACCCCGGUCUCUCUCCCCGGCCUUCAGUACUAAGUCCUUAGUUCUUUCCCUUCGCUUCUAGCAGUCGUCUUUCACCUUUUUAUUUGGAGCUGUCGGCAGAUCCCGACCAUCCCCUUCCAACCCGAUAACCACCGUCGUCAUGUCCCAGCCGGGGAUACCAGCCCCUGGCGGCGCCCUAACCGGCCUCCAGGCUCAGAACGGGGCCGCCUCGGCCUCCGGGUCUCCCUACACCAAUGGUCCCAUCCAAAAUGAACUGAUGUCUUCACAAGGAUAUAAUUCUCAGCCUCCAGGAUCUUACUCUCAUCUAAUACCAGCAAAGACUUUGAAUCCAAUCUCUGGACAAUCUAAAUAUAGUGGUUCUCAGACUGUUUCUCCAUUAAGUAAUUAUCAGGGACCUGGGCAGACUCUUCAUAGACCACCUGUGGCUUCUAAUCCCGUAACACCUUCACUCCAUAGUGGUCCUGUUCCCCGGAUGCCACAACAUGCAUCUCAAAAUCCAGCUGCUACCCCAGUGCCUUCUGGUAGCUUUCAUCCUGGAGCCAUUGUAUCACCACCUUCAAAUUGGCAAUAUAACUACCCAUCCACAGGAUCACAGACAAACCACGGCCCUCUUGUAUCAUCUGGACCAGCUAUGCCUGGGAAUACAAAUUUGACAAGUCAUCAAUAUGUUUCUUCUAGAGAUCCUUCCCUUCAAAACAACUUUAUAAAAUCAGGUUCUGCACCCCCCUUAGUGAAUUCACCUCUGCCUACCACUUUUCAACCAGGAGCCCCUCUUGGGCCCCCUCCAAUGGGAGGACCACCUCCGGUGAGGGCUCUCACUACUCAGAAAUCAUCACAGGGGGCCGGGCCCCAGUCCUCAUUCAGUUCAGCUGUCAGCCAAGAAGGUAUUACAUCAAGUACCAAUAAUGGAUCUAUGGUGGUUCACAAUAGUUAUGAUGAAAUUGAAGGCGGUGGCUUCUUGGCAACACCACAGCUUACUAAUAAGAAUACCACUGUGAGCCGAAGUGUUGGAUAUUCAUAUCCCGCCUUACCACCUGGUUACCAGAACACCGCGCUACCUGGCACAACCGGAAUACCGCCUUCUUCCCUGAGUUACCCAAGUGGGCCACAGGCCUUUACUCAGCCUCCCUUAGGUGCUAAUCAUUUAACUGCAAGCAUGAGUGGAUUAAGUCUACAUCCAGAGGGGCUAAGAGUUAUUAACCUUCUUCAAGAAAGAAACAUGCUUCCAUCAACACCUUUGCAGCCUCCAGUUCCAAAUUUACAUGAAGAUAUCCAGAGGCUCAACUGUAACCCAGAGUUAUUUCGAUGCACACUGACUAACAUCCCCCAGACUCAGGCCUUACUGAAUAAAGCCAAGCUUCCUUUGGGACUGCUGCUUCAUCCUUUCAAAGACCCAGUGGUGCCUGUGGUCACCUCCAGCACAAUUGUGAGAUGCCGUAUGUGCAGGACGUACAUCAACCCUUUUGUCAGCUUUCUCGAUCAGAGAAGAUGGAAGUGUAACUUAUGUUACCAAAUCAAUGAUGUUCCUGAAGAAUUCAUGUACAACCCUUUGACCAGAGUCUAUGGAGAAUCUCUCAAAAGACCUGAAGUUCAAAAUGCUACAAUUGAGUUUAUGGCUCCUUCAGAAUACAUGUUACGACCACCUCAGCCUCCAGUGUACCUCUUUGUAUUUGACGUGUCUCACAAUGCAGUUGAAACUGGAUACUUGAAUUCAGUUUGCCAGAGUUUGUUAAACAAUCUGGAUUUGCUUCCUGGCAACACUAGGACAAAAAUUGGCUUCAUAACAUUUGAUAGUACAAUCCACUUCUACAGUCUUCAAGAAGGUCUCUCUCAACCUCAGAUGCUAAUAGUUUCAGAUAUUGAAGAUGUUUUUAUACCUAUGCCAGAGAACUUAUUAGUAAACUUAAAUGAAAGUAAAGAGCUUGUCCAAGAUUUGCUGAAAACUUUGCCACAAAUGUUCACCAAGACCCUGGAGACCCAGAGUGCCUUGGGUCCUGCGCUUCAGGCUGCCUUUAAGCUGAUGUCCCCAACUGGUGGUCGAAUGUCUGUCUUUCAAACACAACUCCCAACUCUAGGUGUGGGAGCCCUGAAACCACGAGAGGAACCCAACCAUAGGUCAUCUGCUAAGGAAAUUCACUUGACACCAUCCACUGACUUCUAUAAGAAAUUAGCCUUGGACUGUUCUGGUCAGCAGGUGGCCGUUGACUUAUUUCUUCUCAGUGGACAGUAUUCCGAUUUGGCUUCUCUGGGUUGUAUUUCUCGGUAUUCAGCAGGCAGUGUCUAUUACUAUCCCUCUUACCACCAUCAGCACAACCCAGUCCAAGUACAGAAAUUACAGAAGGAGCUACAGAGAUACCUCACUCGGAAGAUUGGCUUUGAGGCAGUCAUGAGGAUUCGAUGCACCAAAGGUCUUUCCAUUCACACUUUCCACGGGAACUUCUUUGUUCGGUCAACAGACUUACUCUCCUUGCCCAACGUAAACCCCGAUGCUGGGUAUGCAGUGCAGAUGUCUGUGGAAGAGAGCCUUACGGACACUCAGUUGGUGUCCUUUCAGUCGGCGCUCUUGUAUACGUCCAGCAAAGGUGAAAGGAGAAUUCGUGUUCAUACUUUGUGUCUGCCAGUAGUUUCAACUCUGAACGAGGUUUUUCUUGGAGCUGACGUUCAAGCAAUUUCAGGGUUAUUGGCCAAUAUGGCUGUGGACAGGUCCCUGACUGCCAGUCUGAGCGACGCGCGGGACGCCCUCGUGAAUGCGGUCAUCGACUCCCUCUCAGCCUACCGCUCUUCCGUCCUCGGUGGCCACCAGCCUGGGCUCAUGGUUCCUUUUUCUUUGCGGCUCUUUCCACUCUUUGUGUUGGCUCUCCUUAAACAAAAAUCAUUCCAGACUGGGACAAAUGCACGUCUAGAUGAACGCAUUUUUGCUAUGUGUCAAGUGAAAAACCAGCCCUUGGUUCACCUGAUGCUCACAACUCACCCCAAUUUGUACAGAGUUGACAAUCUUUCAGAUGAGGGAGCACUCAACAUCAAUGACCGAACUAUACCUCAGCCACCUAUUCUUCAGCUUUCAGUGGAGAAGCUGAGCAGGGAUGGAGCUUUUCUCAUGGACGCCAGCUCUGUGCUGAUGCUUUGGGUUGGAAAAAAUUGUGGACAGAAUUUUCUCAGCCAAGUUCUGGGAGUUCAAAGCUAUGCAUCAAUUCCACAUACUAUGACAGACCUUCCAGAACUUGAUACACCAGAAUCUGCCAGAACAAUAGCUUUCAUCUCUUGGCUUCGAGAACAAAGACCAUUUUUCCCAAUACUUUAUGUAAUAAGGGAUGAGAGUCCAAUGAAAGCAAACUUCCUCCAAAACAUGGUAGAAGACAGAACAGAAUCUGCAUUAUCAUAUUAUGAAUUCCUCUUGCAUAUACAACAGCAAGUGAAUAAAUGAACAAGUGAAGGUAUUUGGCUUAGUUAUUUCUAAGGAAAUACCUUCCUCUUCUUUGAGGUUUGUGGACUGAUGUAAUGAUUACAUGUUCUCACUGUGAUUUCAACAAACUAUAGCAAAUACAGGACUACAACAGAGUGCAGGACUACAACAUGCAACUCUGAAAUACUGUACUCCAAAUCAGAAUAUCCCUAAAUACGAUUGGAUACCUUUUUUCUUUGCUGCCAAUUAUGUUUGAGUUGUUAAGGAUUGAAAUAAGAUGAGACAAUAUUGCAGAGGCAAAGAGCAUUUUGUAAAAUAAAGACUUAUGUGUUCCAAAUGUAUAUUUCUCUCUCUCUCUCUCUUGCUCUCUCUCUCUCUUUUAUUUUCUCAAUUUUUGGCUGCUGCAUUUAAAACCUCACAAGACUACAUGUUGCAGGGAAGUUACAAAUCAAGUGAUAAUGAUCUUUCUAAAGUAAAAAAAAAAUUGUCAGAAGUAAAUAGUAUAUAGAAAAACUAGAAUCUAUUUCCCCAUACCUGUUUUAUUCUUAAUUAAGGAAGAAAAAGGAUCAUCAUGUUAACUGAACUAAAACUAGAGUAAACUAACUCUGGUCUAACUUGAAAAGAUUAUGAAAUAACAGUCAAGCUUUAAAAUUUGUCAGCAUUCUCAAUACUUGAACAAAAUCACCUUGAUUUGAUGUGAAAACUAAGUCAGUGGUUUUCUGAUUUGACUGCAGAAGAGUUGGAGACACUAUCUUACUCUGCAGUGAAAAGAACGUGAGCUGUCUUCAGUGUAUGUGCUGGGACUGGCAAUGACAUAAGGGAGAUGAGAAACCUUAGUUUCCUUGAUCCUUUGAGUGGGUAUUGUUGUCUGCUCUGUGAUAUAUAAUAAAAGUGUUAUAUUGGUGAAAUGAAUAUGAAUGAGAGAAAUUAAAAGUUUUCUUAAAUGCUGUCUAAAAUACAUCAGUAACAUUUUUCUGAGGAGUUUUAAUAAUGAAAUUGAAAGCCGCUCAUAAGAUGUUUAUUCUUGGAUAGUAAAACUUCUUAAAGCAUGAAUACUGCUGUUUGAUUUGAUGGGUAUUAAGAUUACACAAAUUCAGUAGAUUGAAGUUAUGAAAGAAACUUGAUUUCUGAACAUGCUCAAGAGACUGCUUUUUUGAUUCAGCCAGAGAAAUAUUAUAGUCAAAACCAUUAAAGUGAAUUUUGUUUACAAAUAGGUAAAUUAUACAUCUGUAUAUUUAAAGUGCUGUGAGGGAAUAUCUUUAAAAGAGUUUGGCCCAGUUUUCACAGAUAUAUCUUGAAUAUGAACUUAUUAAAGAUGUUCAUGUGUAAUACUUGAUGAAAAGAUUUUUGUUUGUUUUCAUGGGUUAGAAAAAUGUGUUUACAAUCUUGGUCUCAUAUGAUCACCAAUGAAAUAACUAUCAGGUUUACAGCAAUAGGAGCUGACUUAAAUGAGUUGUUUGGGAUAGGGAAAAAGCAGGUCCCACUAGAGUAUACACUACUAUUUAUUAGCAGGACAAGAAUAAUUAAUUGUGUUUUAUAAAGAUAUCAUCUCCCUUAAGCAGUGUUAUGAUUAAUUUUCAGUAUGCAAGUUGUACAUUGAACUGGAAAUAUUCUUGAAAGCUUCUUCAUUUAUUAGGGAGCAGUUUUCAAACUGUAGCAAAUCAAAAUUUAUAUUUCCCCUCUUCGAAAGAAACAGUCAUUAUUAUGCACUGAUGUUUCUUAACUAAAAUUCUCUUCUUAAUGUGAAUUUUGAAUGUUGAUAUUUGUAGGUCCUUUCUUAAUUGUAGUAAAGAAUGUCCAGAGGGAAAAGUUUGUGCUUCUAGGGACAAUAAUCUUCCUUGUGCCUCACUUCAUCCCUGUGUGGGUAUGGCUCUUGUUAUUGCUACAUGCUUUGUUAGUAUAUUUCACAAAUUUACUUUUAAAAUUUUACUUUAAAAAUUUAUUUUAGAUAUUGUGUAACAUGUGCAAUCUAGAAUAAUUUUAUAAUAGCCAGGUCAUUAAAAACCAUGACUUCAGUUAGGAUUCACAAUAUUUGUUCUCUAGAUAAUGAGGGAACAAAUGAACCUUUCGGAGAUACUGAUAUUAAGCAAUUAUUUUUUGCAAUAUUGAAGUGCUUUUUGGUUAGGGUUUUUUUUUGUUUUUUGUCUUUUGUUUUUGCAGAAGGGCACUUAUGUCAUCUUGUAUUACUUUUUUAUGCAAAGCAACUAAUUUCCCCUAUGCCAUAUUUUUUUUAUUGUAGUUGUAAAUUAUGAAAGAUCCUUGAAUUUUCUAUAGAUCUACAACUACUAAAGUAACAGACAAGGGCAAUCUUGGUAUUUAAAUCAGAGUAUGGCAGUUCGACCGUAAAAAGUACUCUAUUUUUCUAAUUUCUAGGAUUUUUAAAAUAACAUUUCUGUAAGUCUGACAUAUUAAUAUUCACUUAAGCUGUACCAUUUAUUUUAGUUGGCACUAUUUUGCUUUAAUGUAAUGUAUUGAGUCUAAUAGACUGUUUUACAAUAAUUAGAAUAAAAGAUUUAUUUCUUCUAAUCAAAGAUUCAUAACAGCUAUUAUCUAGGGGACCACCAAAUGUGAUUUCAAGAUUUUGUUAACUAUUACAAAUAUAAUCCUUAUAUAGAAAUUUUAAUUUUGUAAAGUAGUGUAUAAUAUUGUAACAUUAAGUUCUUGUUCUCAAAUUCAAAUAUGUAUUGAUCUUCAAUGUGCUGUGUUAAAUCUUGCUCCUCUGAAAUGGCAGAGACAAGAUUUGUCUUUCUUUUUACAGUUUGUAAUUUUCACAAUUUUAUUCCUGUAAAAAAAAAUCAUUUGUAACCCAUGCAAACAAUCAUUUGAACUGUGCUAAUUUAAUCAAUUUGCCUAUUCAAUAAAGUUAAUUGAAAGAGUUUA